GUUGCAUUGCAUUGAAGAGUUCCCCACUCUCACUGAUGCCUCUACCUCAUCUUCUACCUGGAGAUCUACACUUCUAAUACAUCUCCACCUUCUAAGGACAUGGAGCUAGAUAUGGUCUCCCUGUCAUUAAAGAUACAGCAGCUGCAUGACCGCAGGGACAUGCUGAAAGUCCUGCAGGAAUUCAGAAACCGCUCCAACCUCAACAGCACAGCAGUGGGCUCCAAGGAGCAGGCUGAGAUUCAACAAAUUGACCAGGAAUUACAGGAGCUGUUUCAGAAGAAGAGAGAGCUGCAGGAGACCGAAGACAAGGUUUAUAAUCACAUGAGAACAAAAGAGGAUUACAUCACCAGUAUGGGUGGGGUGUCAGUUCUCCCUGACCCCUCUGUUGUCUAUGUUGAAGCUCCACCCUCUAUUCCAGCUCCGGAGGUGAUCCUGGACAUCAUGAAGCUUCCUCCCGUCUCGUCUCGGACCCAGUGCCCAGAGUGCCGACAGUUCAUCACUACAGAGAUUGUCACCUCCAUCGGCGAUGCAGCCUGUCUGGCCUGUGUCACAAUUUCUCUGUUUGGCUGUGUGGCAGGUUGCUGCCUGAUCCCUUUCUGCAUUGACAACUUCAAAGAUGUCACACAUAGAUGUCCUAGGUGUCGAAGUUCUAUAAUCACCAUCAAAAAGCUCUGAGUUAACCGACCACACGCACGCAGAAACUCUGGACUGGAAAGCUGCCUUUCUAAUGAGGCAUCUGCCAUGAAUCUGAGGAGUUAUAUUUAGGAUAUAGACAGCCUGUACCCUCCGGAAGUUUGGAUUGUACCCUUAUUUCACCAGGUGAGUUGAAAAAGAUCACACUGACAUUUACAGUAACAAACUGGGGAAUAAUUACAUGGGAAGACAUUUUAGCCUGGA